UUGACGCCUUCGCAGGUUCUGAAAUGACUUUCUUCAGAGAUGUUCGCACUUUGCUCGAGGACUUGGGUCAUACGGACAAUUCACGGUUGUUUUAUCACUGGAAACAACUACGUGUGAAUUCGCCAAGCUUGUCCGUUUGAAAGUUAAUAGUGUCAGUUUAAAGUUAUUGCGGGUUUGUGCUAUUUGAGCUAUUUGUCAGUCACGGGAACUCCUGAGCCGAUCAGUGGUUUUCAUCAAUUUGUGCUCCACCCACUCCAAGGCACGCUGUCGCUUCCCCGGACCCACACAAACUUGAAACUCAAACUUACUCUUGUCCCCUUUAGGACAUGGAUGAUGGGCGGACGGGGAGGCCCAAAAUGAUCAAAUGUCGGGUUCAGCUUUUCAGGGGCAAUUGAAAAGUCAGUGUAGUUUAGAAACAAUUACCCUCCUGAUGAUGAGAAACUGACUGCAUUCGGUGCCAGUUGUGCCGUUGAAAUGAAUUCACACUUUCCAGUGGAGAGACGGGACCUGUCACCGUUGUAGUUUCUCUCUCUUUGGCCGCUACUUAAUGUGUUCCUGAACUAACCGAAAGUGACUUGAUUCACAAUGCCAGGGAGCAAAUCUCACUCGCUGGAGCCGGCGUUUCGCAGACUGCCAGUGCUCGAUGGAUGCCCAAGCAAGGGGACGGCGGUGCCCCAGGAGUCCGGCCUCAAGAAGAGGUUGCAGGCGGUGGAGGAGGAUCACUGUGGCAACCGACCCGCUCCGGAGGGGGCAGGGGCCGUCUCCGGGACGGAGUCAUGUCCCUUCGAGAAGGAGGAAAAGGGAGCUUGGUGUAAGAACUGCCAAGCCAAGCUGGCAGAGCUCAGAAGACAAGCAAUGAAGCUCGUCAUUCCCGGGUCCACCAAGGACCCAGGAUUUUCUGCAUUUAUUUUUGACAAGCUUCAAGUGCCUGACUCUUCAAAACGAAGUCGAAAUGAAAGUGAGAGCAGAUGUGAGAUUUGUGCAACCCACCUAAAUCAGCUGCGAAAGGAAGCCAUUCAGAUGGUCCAUAAUCUUGACCAGGAAUCCAGUCAGGACAUACCUGAGUUGCCACACUGUUCCAACGCCAUUUCUUCGAGCAAUGCUUCCCAAAAUGUGCUCACGCUUUCCUCACAAAGAGAUUGGCCCUUUGUCAAAGGACAAAUGAGCAGACAGCCUGUAAAAUCGGGAAAUGUAAUAAAUGGCAUGGAGAGACGGAAAGGAUCUGGCUGGUCUCAGGGUACAAGCAGCCUUUCAAAGUCCAGUGUUCAAGUAACUGUUGGUUCCAGUGGUCUGAGCAGUGCUCUGAACUCAGUCACCAUUCAGGCACAGCAGUACCUUGAGGGUAUGUGGAGUAUCUCCAGAGUCAACAACUUCCUUCCUCAUGCCUAUCUGACACAAACAGCAAUGACGGAGAGUGGAAAGGAAGGUUUAUCGCAAGAAGCCAUCAUCCAGCAGAAGAGCAGCAGUCAGCCCUGGGCAGCAGGGGCACCGGCCUCUCAGAAUUCAUUACUGCCUGGAAGGGUUUCUUCUGGCACUUCCGCUGCAGCUUCUUUCUUCAUCAGAGCAGCACAAAAGCUGAAUCUCUCUUCAAAGCAAAAGAAAAGCCAUCCACUCAUCCAGCACUCACGUGAGCUUUCAAACUACAGAACAAAUUUCAGUGGUAUUUUGCAAGUGUCCCCUCCCCCAGCACCGCCAUGCCUUUUGAGGGCUGUGUGUAAAGUCAAGGACAACCCAGGCAUCGGAAAGGUGAAGGUGAUGGUACGGAUUUGUCCUUCCCAAGGGACAAACAAUACAUCAGAAUCGAUGUCCUUUCUGAAAGUAGACUCUCGCAAAAAACAAAUAACCCUCUACGACCCCUCAGUGAGUGGGCAUUUGAGUUCCACCCACAGGAGAACAGUGGUUGCAGCUCCAAAAAUGUUUGCAUUUGAUGCAGUUUUCACCCAAGAUGCCUCGCAGGCUGAGGUCUGUUCAGGAACAGUGGCAGAAGUCAUUCAGUCUGUUGUGAAUGGUGCAGAUGGCUGCAUAUUCUGUUUUGGUCAUGUCAAGCUUGGAAAGACAUAUACUAUGAUUGGAAAGGAUAAUUCAAUGCAAAAUCUUGGUGUUAUUCCUUGUGCAAUAUCCUGGCUUUUUAAAUUAAUAAAUGAACGCAAGGAGAAAACUGGAACUCGAUUCUCGGUCAGGGUUUCUGCUGUGGAGAUCUGGGGCAAGGAUGAAAACCUUAGGGACUUGUUAUCUGAAGUGGCCACCGGCAGCCUCCAGGAUGGCCAGUCUCCUGGUGUCUACCUCCGAGAGGACCCAGUCUGUGGGACUCAGCUUCAGAAUCAAAACGAGCUGAGAGCCCCCACGGCAGAAAAAGCCGCCUACUUCCUUGAUGCUGCAAUUGCGUCCAGAAGGACCAGUAGGCCAGACUGUGAUGAGGAGGCGAGGAGGAACUCCCAUAUGCUCUUUACACUUCACAUUUACCAAUAUCGAAUGGAUAAGAGUGGCAAAGGGGGAAUGUCCGGAGGGCGCAGUCGUUUGCACCUGGUAGACUUGGGAAGCUGUGAAAAGGUUCUCAGCAAGAGUCGGGAUGGUGGCGGUGGUCUUUGUCUGUCACUUUCAGCUCUGGGCAAUGUCAUUUUGGCAUUAGUAAAUGGGGCUAAACAUGUUCCAUACAAAGAUAGCAAGCUUACUAUGCUGUUGAGAGAAUCGCUGGGGAAUAUAAACUGCAGAACAACUAUGAUCACCCAUAUUUCUGACUCUCCUGUCAACUAUGCAGAAACCCUAACAAGCAUUCAGCUUGCAGCGCGAAUUCAUCGAAUGAGAAAGAAAAAGUCCAAGUAUGCCUCAAGUUCUUCUGGUGGGGAGAGUUCUUGUGAAGAAGGUCGGAUUCGAAGACCGCCUCACUUAAGGCCCUUUCAUGCAAGAACCACAGCUCUUGAUCCUGAUCUUCCAGCAUUAGGAAUAUCUAGUGAACCCGACUACUCUUCGAGCAGUGAACAAUCAUGUGAUACAGUUAUUUACGUUGGUCCCAACGGUGCAGCACUCUCUGAUCGUGAACUGACAGAUAACGAAGGUCCGCCAGAGUUUGUACCCAUAAUCCCUUCCCUCAGCAAGAAAUGUGAGCCGAAGAAGGGUAAGGAAGCUGCCACAGUUGGUAAGAGGAGUGAAAGGGAUUAUUUCAAAUGCAACACUUUUGCAGAGUUGCAAGAGAGAUUGGAGUGUAUUGAUGGAAGUGAGGAACCCAUCAAAUUUUCUUGUGAGCAGGGACUUUUCAUUUGCAGUAGUAGUGUAGGCCCCCCAAGGGUAGAGAAUGCGCAAUGUAUCUCCGUACAGGAAGUGACACAAUCUGUCGUGGUAUCAGAAAAGGUACCUUCUUCACAAAUGUAUGGAAAACAUUCUUCAGUCGAAGCAGGGUCUUGUAAAAAAGGGCAGAAUUUGGAGCCCCCCAUUUCUGCAAAGCAACAAAAUGGAUCACCUGUGUGGAGCCCAUCUCACUUGCCUCACUCCAUAACAACUGAACAUUUAAAGCUGCAGACUCAAGGUGAAGGAAGCAAACUGGAAGCAAGUGGUGAUAAUGAGGCAGAAGGAAUCAAGGAAACAACCACGGCUUCCACCAAUAUGCACAGACCCAACUGCUCUAUGACGCAAGAGCAGCCGCAGGCCACGCCCAGGCCUGUCGUGAGGGAGAAAUCAUUUUUCAACAGGAGACCUUUGCCGAGCCCUGCUCCCCCACCUCCACAACUGAAAGAAAGGCAAAGCGUUAGUUCGGAACUCAGCAGCAGUGGUGGAAUUAGAACUCCUCCAGUAGGAAUGAGCCAUCAGAGCACAAGUAAACCUGAAUCAGCCAUAAUUAGAAAGGAAGUGGGCAACUACAGAAGUGGAUAUAAGCAAUCUGGUGCAUCAGACGCAACCGGCUUACGAUCAGCAUUGCGGAGCGGGUGCAUUGACCGAGAUAUGUUGACCACCACCGUGACAUUGCAGCAGCCAGUGGAACUGAACGGAGAAGAUGAGUUGGUAUUUACUGUUGUAGAGGAGCUGUCAUUUGAAGGUAUUUUGGAAAGUGGUCGACCGGCUAGCAUUAUUAGCUUUAAUAGUGAUUGUUCACUUCAGGCACUGGCUUCGGGUUCACGGCCCGUCAGUAUUAUUAGUAGCAUUAAUGAUGAUUUUGAAGCUUAUACCUCACCGGCAGCCAAUGCUGGAUCAAAUAUAGACACUGCUGGGCUACUUACAGAUGAUUCUUUUUGCAACAACAGUAGACGCUCAUCGAUUAGCUCCUGGCUCAGUGAAGUAAGUAUCUGUGCUAUAGAAAGUGACGGAGCACAACCAUCCGAUACUUUUGUUGUGCAGUCUUGCUACAGUUACGGUGAGAAGUUUAACUUGGAUUCACCUGAUGUGCUGCAAGACAUGACCACACCACUGACACUGGCUCAACAAAGCAUCUUGAAUGAUGGUGCAUUCCGUCCUUCUGAACUGGCUAAUGAAAUUACGAGCUCAAGCAGACUUCUUUCACACACCAACCAAGGUUCUAAUGCCUUAAGUUUAUCCAAAGUGAUGACUGUUACUAAUAAUUCAUCAGUAACUAAGGCAAGCACCCCAGUCCACCAUCCUGACCCAACGAUUUCUGAAGGCAAUCCUGUUUGCUCCUCUAGUCUUCCCAGGAAAAUAAAGUCUACCUCAGCUGUGAGCCAGAGUAGUAGCACAGUACAUUGUGGAGAAAGGCAAUGGCAAGAAAGUGAGCUCGAGGAUCCCUGGUUACUUCGCACGAACAGCCAAUCAGUACCAAAAAUAGAGGAUCAAGCACUCUCAGUGAAGUCACCUCCCAAAUCUGGUACCAACAGUCAAAUUAAACAGCAAACAAAAAUGGCCCAGAAUACUGGGACCAUUCCUCGGCUCAGCAAAUUUCACACAACAGUUUCCUGUACACAACGAGUUGUGUAUGGGUGUGAAAUGGCGAGUAAAUCGACUGCGGCUAAUGGUGUCACAGGUGUGAAUGGCAGAAAGAAUGAAGUGCCGGCAAAAGUGGUGCAGGUUAAAAAAGGAAGUGCGAUGGUUGCAACAAUGCCAAUAAUGCACACCAGUGCCAGUGCUGGAGCUGUACCCAAAGACCAGCGAGACACAAGCAGCUUAAAAUCAACAGCUAGUAGGAAAACAUCAGCAGCCAAGACAAGCAUGCUGCCAAGGCUCAAUGGGACACCGCCAGCACCCCCUGUCCGUAAGUCUAGUCUUGAGCAAAAAAACAGAGCUGUGCCACAAAAAUGUACCAGUCCAGAGGCAGUUAUGGUAUCACCUCCCAGAUCAGAAGAUGAAAUAGAUCGAGCACUAAAUGUGGCUCCUUGUGCUGUUGAGGGUAGCUGCAACAAAGCAGCAAACAUAAAAUCUGAUCAGUUCUCCAUUAGAAGUAUUUCAGCUUCAAAAUCCAGAAUGCCUAAACUUGAGGCAGUGCAUUGCUGUGGAAGUCAGCUGUCACUCGAGAGGUGUGAUAGUCUGUCGUCAGUGGGAUCCAAGAACAGUAUGACCAAAGAAAGUGGUCACCCUGCCAACAGCAACAACAGCAGAACUGGACGCUCAGUACCAAGGCUUGGUGUGUCACCGUCAGCUCCAGUAAUGUCUACCCCAUCUAUUCCUGUGGUCCCCGUACCAGUUAAAUCCAAUCAAACCAAAUGUCCUUCCAAUAGCAAGGCAUUGGUUGCAGGAAACAAGUGUCGAAGCCUCUCUUCAAGCGGUGCAAAGGGGUUAAGCACAUCUGUUAAGUCGUUAACGCAGUCAGUGGGGCGUAGUUCCAGUGUACCAUCGAAUGGAAAAACAGUACCUCGCUCAGCACAGGUAGCCAGUUGUAAACCUGGCAAAGGAACAAUUAUGGGAACAAAGCAAGCAGUCAGGGCAGCCAACAGCCGUGUGUCUGAAUUAGCUUCUGCAGCCUCAUCCAGUAAAGUGGGCCAUUUGAGAGGAUCUGCUGAUUCUGAUAGUGGGAAUGACAGUGGAGUCAACUUGAGUGAUGAAAUAAUGCAGAUGCCAGUCUUGCCUUCUCCAUACAGUAAAAUAACUGCACCAAGACGGCCUCAGCGUUACAGCAGUGGGCAUGGUAGUGACAACAGCAGCGUCCUUAGCGGAGAGCUGCCACCGGCCAUGGGAAGAACGGCUCUCUUUUAUCACAGCGGUGGUAGCAGUGGCUAUGAGAGUAUGAUUCGUGACAGUGAGGCAACAGGGAGUGCGUCAUCCGCACACGAUUCCAUGAGUGAAAGUGGGAUGUCCACAGUUGGCCGCAACAGAAGUUCCAAGUCCCCCAAGAAGCGGACAGCAGGUACCCAGCGGCGUCGGCUGAUUCCAGCCCCUCUGCCCGAUACCUCUUCUCUGGGACGGAAGCCAACGGGCACCACUGGGCAGUGGGUGGACCUGCCACCUCUGCCGGGCACCCUGAAGGAAUCAUUUGAAAUUAAGGUUUAUGAAAUCGAUGAUGUGGAGCUGUUACAGAGAUGUAGGCAAGAAGAGACUGAGGAAUCUUUUCAAGAUGUUGAUGAGGGUCUGAUGUACUUCAAUUUGAAGCUGAAGGUAUUGGAGAAGCGACAGCAACGGAUUCGGGAGUUAAAGGCGAAGCAUGAGUUGUUGACAAAGGAGCUGGAGCAAGCCAAGGACAGGCUGAUGAUGGAUCCGAAUAAAUGGAAUUCAGAGUUUGAAAUUGAUAUGGAUCUGGAUGAAGAGUCGCUGGAGUACCUAGAAGCUCUGGAAGAGAUAACUGAGGAGCUAGAGCAGCGGGUCAACCUGUGCAAGGCAAGAAUAAUGAUGGUGACUUGUUUUGAUAUUGGUGUGAUCACUGACGUGAGUGAUGGUCUAAGGGAAGUGCAAGUGUAAAGAAGACAGCUAAUGGGAGAACGUGAGAAGGGUUAUUCUACCGUGAAAAUAGUCAGCAUGUGAAGGAGAAGUACUUAAAGGAAUUGUGUUUCAGUGAGGGUUGGUGAUGCUGAGACAGAAGAAAGUGCAAGAGAAUGCUGAGGGUGAGCUGAUAUGGUGGCAAUGAAUCUUGAUGGUGAGCAGUGUAAAUCAAUACUGUGCCUCCGAGCUGAAAGAGAAUGAAAGCUUAAACUGUUCAUGCGAACAAUUUCCUUUCCCCAAAGGAAGAAAGAAGGCAACAUAAACCAAGAAGAACAAAGAACUGAAAAACCUUAAAGUGCCUUUUUGAUUCACUUGACUUAUUUGCA